UCCGGGAAGGAGCGCGGGAACUGCGAAGCGGAGGCUGCGCCCUGGGGAGGCCUCGCGCGGGUGGUGCGGCGCCCCGUGCUCCUCGGGCUGCUUCCCGCGAGCGUCCGGCCCUCGCCGCCGGCCCAGCCCGAGAGCCUCGCAGCCCGCCCCGGCCCAGGUGAUUUCACGUAGAGAGUGAACAUACACAAAGAAGAGAAGGUGACCAAGGACUGAGCCUCGGAAAACUCCGUGUCUGUGUCUUUUUCUCCUCCUCCUAUAAGGACACCAGUCAUGUUGGACUAGGUCCCACCUAAUAACCUCAUUUUAACCUAACUACCUCUUUAAAGACCCCAUCUCCAAAUACAGUCACAUUCUGAGGCCUGGAUGAAUGAAAAAUUUGCCCCUGAGCUGCUGGAAAACAAGUCUGAAAUCGUAGAAUGUGUCAUGGAGCAGCUGGAGCACAUGGAAGAAAAUCUCAGGAGGGCCAAGAAGGGGGACCUGAAGGUCAGCAUCCACCAGAUGGAGAUGGAGAGGAUCCGCUUCGUCCUGAGCAGCUACCUGCGGUGUCGGCUCAUGAAGAUAGAGAAGUUUUUCCCACACAUCCUUGAAAAGGAGAGAACACGCCGUGAGGGGGAGCCUUCCAGCCUCUCUCCAGAGGAGCUUGCCUUUGCCAGAGAGUGCAUGGCUAACACGGAGACCUACCUGAAGAAAGUGGCCUUGAGGCACAUGCCUCCGAACUUACAGAAGGUGGACCUCUUGAGGGCAGUUCCCAAACCAGACCUGGAUUCAUAUGUGUUUCUGAGGGUGAAGGAGCGACAAGAGAACAUACUGGUAGAACCGGAAACAGAUGAGCAGAGGGACUACGUGAUCGACCUGGACGAGGGCUCGCAGCACCUGAUCCGAUACAAAACCAUCGCGCCCCUGGUGGCUUCUGGAGCCGUACAGCUAAUUUAAAACGGGAGGCAACUAACCACGAAUGAGGACAAGGAACGCGUAUCCCCUGGUCCGCAAGGACACUUGACUUUUCUCACUGGGUGUUGAGAUCCGCUCGGAGCGGCUCCCUCACGUGCCGCGCGUCCCAGCGCUCUGCCUUUCCAGCCAGAGUCAGCAGACGGACCGUCUCUGCCGAUCCUGCGGCCGGGCAGGGACACGGAGACACCCUUCGUGGUGGCGUUCGGGCCGAGGUAGUUCACAGAAAGACAUCGCUGCCUGUGACGGGGGGACUCGUGGGCCCCGACCCGGCAGUGGCAGGAGUGCUCGCUCAGCCCUCCUGGUAGGAGGAGUGUAAAUAGAUUAAACCUUGUGGCCGCCCUCCGCGGCAUGCCCGUGCCUUGUGUGAACUCAGCUUCUGGAACCUCUGCUCUCGGACGUGCAGCCGGCUCUGUCCUGCCUCACUGAGCAUCACAGCUAGGCCAGUAACUAUCAUUAGGUCUUGGUUUCGUGGCAGGAGGAGCCGGUGGGCAGUUCCCACGUGCUGUCUAGAGAGGUGAGUCCUGCCCGCGGCAACCCUGCAGCCACCCCGCCUCCCAGGCCAGCCUGCGGGCCACCUGCCGGCCUUGCCCGGGGCCCUCGCUGCCACCUCCGCAGCAGCCGGUCCUCGUUAGGCUCUUCACUUUCUCAAGGGAAACGGAUGAAAUUAAACUCAGUGAGUGGACAGUGUCCCAGUGACACCCGAGGAGGGAUGUACAGAUGUGAGUCGUCUUCCCUUGAAACGUACAGAGCAGCUGCCUUCCGGUCUUUCUUGCUCCAUGAAAAGGCAGGUUUUCGUCUAUACGAUGCAGGCUUUUAGAGUAAUCAGUGUGAUGUUGCUGUCAUGUCCAAGAGAAAUCGCUAACUGAAAGUGAGGAAGGUUUUGUUCAUUAAUAAAAGCAUUUCA